AUGGCCAGUUUUCCCUAUUUCACGACUUUCCACUCCAAUAACGAUGAAUCGGAGAAUAAUGAACUCUUAAAAUUCAACUCUUUGCCAUCAAGCUACCUUUUUCAACAUACCCAUCUCCAGGAAUGUAAUGAAAAUGUUGUGGAACACUAUCAGAAUAUAUCAAGUAACCCUGAUGGUAACCCUAGGUAUUUGGAAACCUUGGGCAAGUCUAUUCACUCCAAAGGGAAGAAACCAGUGGCGCAUCCAGCUAAGAAAGUCGUUCACAAAGUGACUGAAAGGCAACGCCGGAAGGACAUGAAUUCUCUCUGUUCAGAACUGAGAUCUUUACUUCCCCAAGAAAGUCUUAAGGGAAAGCGUUCACUGUCAGACCAAGUGCUGGAGGCAGUUAAUUACGUUCGUUAUCUGGAGAACCAGAUCAAAGAUCUUACCAAGCAAAGAGAUGAUAUAAACACACGAGCAGUUUGUUAUAAGGGAGUCAAUAUUCCCGAGCCCCUGCAAUUACUCGGAUCAGAUGAGGGUUUUCCAUCUGUUAAAAUAAUAUCACUUGGUUCAGCCACAUUUCAGGUCACUAUAAAUGCUCUCAAAAGUCAGAUUGCUCUGUCUGAUGUUGCUGUGGCGUUGGAAGAAGCUAGACUUGAAAUCCUGAGCGCUUCUUUUUCUUCAAUUAGUGAAAGUGUCUUCAUUACAGUACAUACCAAGGCUUCAUACCCUAAAGCUACUAACAUGGAAGGACUCUAUGUAAAACUUCGGCAUUUGAUCAUGUAA